CAUGUACGUAUUAUUAUUAUUGUGUAUACAUGCAGCAGCAAAGUGACCGUGUAUACAGCGCACACACCCACACACGCGGUUUUCUCGGUGUAUAAUCGCUCGUCGGGUCGGGAGUUUUCGCGAGAAGCCACUGGCCGCCGUCGUCGUCGUCGCUGUCGCCGCACCGUAAACACAAUUCAUCCUAAUAAACGUCAGUUAUCUGCGAAUAAACAGCGCAUCGGAGAACACGCAGAUAUCCUGCGACAUUUUCUCUCUCCAGCAGCCCCGGAUCCCCGCCGAGCGCGAGCGCCGUGCACCGCCACCACCGCACCACCCUUAUAUCAUCGAGCUCUCUGCCCUGGCCCUGCGCUGCAACGAGAGAGUUGACAAAAAAAGGACGUGCACGACGCAGCGUCCUGGUGUUUAACUCGCGUUCCAACGGAUUCUUCGACCGGGACGAUAGUGCGCCUCUUGCAUCGCCUGCCUCCUAUAUAUCUGCCCAGUGCACCCAGACUGCCUAGGGCACGGUGUGAAUAACCUCUCCGAUCGUGCAGCAGGCUCUGCUCCGUUUUCUGCUGCUGCUGCCUGUCUGUCUACAUCGAGUGGAGCGCGUGGCGUUUGUGCUUGUGGUGUGUCUCGAAGCUCUCGUAUUAUACUCUAAACAUCGUGUGUCAAUUGUUGCCUGCAUCGUGAGGCCGUGUCCGUGUAUACGCGCGUGUACGAAUGUGUGCCUGUGUUUAUACCUACUAAAGAGAGAGAGAGCGAGAAAGAUAGAGAAAGAGAAGUGACGUGCUCGUGUUUACAUGCCAAGCGUAACGAAUAAGUUCGAUAUUACGAUCGUCGAACUCGGAACUCAUCGUAGUAGUGGCCUCAACAACGUCGUCGUCGAGGAGCCAAAGGAAUCCCUGCGGCUGUGCACGCAUCCUAUAUAUAGAGCCCGCCAGCCAUACAGCCAGCCUCUGCAUUGCGGGUUUCCUUGGCAUCACGGCCAGAGCAUCAUCGUAUCGAACUGAGUAGCAUCAGCGGUCGCUUCUACGUCCAGCUGCUGCAGUAGCAGCCCCAUCAUUAGACGCAGGACUGUGUAUAUAUAAACGCGCGCGCACAUUCUCCAGCCGCGCGCGUCUGUGUGCGCCAAACCCGAGUCCGUCUGUGUGUGUAUACUGUGUCUGUGUGUGCAAAUAUACGACGCGGUCGUCGUCCUUUUCUCUCUCUUUCCCUCAUACACACAGUACGAGCACAGUAGUGUUAGUAGUGUGUGUGUGUGUGCAGUGCAGUUGCUGCAGAUCGAGCUACUCCUUUGCAGCUGGCACUGACUGGCUGCGGGAGCGCAUGCGCCACGGGCCUGCGCGUGUUGCCGGCUAUUACGGCGGCUUAACUUUGUUCUUGCCAGUUCGACGCUGAACGUCGUCUGUGAAACUCCCCGCGUGCCGAGAGAGAUAAUUUUUGCAGACCUCUGCGAGAGUCGUCGUGGUGUCGGUGCUCCGUGCCUAUACUGCCUCUCUAUCUCUCUUUCGCUACGUCUGUCUGUUUUUCUCUCUAGUGCGCUUCUGCGACGAAAAAAAUAAAAAUAAAUAAAGAAAAUCCAUCGCGUGCAGUUUGUGAGUGUGUGUUUGUCAACAAUCGCCCUCGCUGCUGUGUGUGUUCGGAGUGUAGCUGCUGCUCCGGCUUCGAUUCAUUGAUUAUUAAAAAAAAAAGAGUUCAUUGAUCGCUCGACCCAAGAACCCGACGACGGAGUCAAUCGAGCGAAGAAAAAAGUUGUUUCUCUGCGAGUGCGCGCGUGUGUGAUUAUACCUAUAUACGCCACUGCGGCAGGGAGUGGAUGUGUUGUUUUUCAUACGUUCUCUAAUAUACGGAAGGAAAAAUCGUCCUGUGACGAGGAGAAGGAGGAAGAGGUGGUUGACGCGAGAAAACGAUGCUGCGAAGUCGAAGGACGGUGAAUAUAACGGAGGGCGAUGCGCCAAUCUGCUGGCGAUCCAAGUGAUUGCACCUCCAGAAAGUCCUUUUCACGCUCUCGUAUUCAUAUAACAUAACCCAACCCAACAACCCCUCAAAUUGUGCGCUCGAAGCCGUGUGACAAGUGUAUCUUUCUCUCUCUAUUUAAUAUUUUAUUCCAUCCAUCCUUCUGAAGUAUCGUGCAUAACAUCACCGCCAUCAUUACCAUUCAUUAUCAUCGUCCUUUCUUGAGUGCGUUCAUCUUCUGGCAUUAUUACUCAUAGUCCUUCCUUCCACUCGACGACGACGCGCGUGUGUGUGUAUGUAUCGGUGACUUGUGUUUCGCGACAACAGCAACAAAAUAAAGAGAAAAUAUAGUUCGAAAAUAAAAAAUUGAGUGUUCGUGUGUGCUGGUAUCGAUAAUACGAGACCGCAACGUUGUGAAAAUAAGUUUUCUGCGUUUGAUAAUAAAUAAGUGAAUCUUCAACCGGCGAAAAUCAUGAAGACCCAAGCUGCUUACUGGUUUGUGUGCGUCUGCAUCGGUCUCUCGUUGGCAGCAUGGCAGGAGAACGUCAGGCCCAAGAUGUACGUCCAAUUAGGCGCGGAAGAUGUAUUCAGGUUCACCGGCAACGAGACGCACACGGAUUUUUUUCGACUCAUGCUCCGGGACGGCAAAUACCUGCUGGUUGGCGGAAGGAAUUUGGUCCACAACUUGAGCUUAACCGAUCUGACGGAGCAACAACGUCUAACUUGGUACUCGCCCGACAUGGACGUGAAGAUGUGUCAGGUGAAGGGCAAAGACGACGAGAACUGUCAAAACUACAUACGUAUUCUGGCGAAGAGCAACUCGAACAGUCUCUUAGUCUGCGGCACGAAUGCCUUCAAGCCGAUGUGUCGCUAUUACGAUGUGCACUCGGGCAACUACAGCAUGACGAGCGAAAAAGUCGCCAAAGCUCUCUGCCCCUACGACCCGCAGCACAACAGUACUUAUGUUUACGUUGACGGCGAACUGUUCACCGGGACUGUGGCCGAUUUCACCGGCAUGGAUCCUAUUAUAUAUCGGGAGCCACUGCAGACAGAGCAGUACGACUCGAUGAGUCUUAACGCUCCGAAUUUCGUGAGUUCAAUGACACAAGGUGACUUUGUGUACUUUUUCUUCCGUGAGACCGCCGUGGAGUACAUCAAUUGUGGCAAGGCGGUGUACUCUCGAGUGGCCAGAGUUUGCAAGUCUGAUAAGGGCGGACCGCAUCGAUUUCGUAACAGGUGGACCUCGUUCUUGAAAUCUCGUCUCAACUGUUCAGUCACCGGAGAUUUUCCGUUUUACUUCAACGAGAUACAAUCCACGACGGAAUUAAUAUCGGGCGUGUACGGGGGCGUGCAAGCUCAGCUCAUUUACGGCACAUUCACGACGCCCGUGAACAGCAUCAGUGGCUCGGCUGUCUGCGCGUUCUCGCUUCAAGACAUCGCUGACACAUUCGAGGGCAAUUUCAAAGAGCAGAGCGCCCUAAAUUCCAAUUGGCUGCCCGUGCAGAGCUCCAAAGUGCCCGACCCGAGGCCUGGACAAUGCGCCAACGACUCGCGUACUCUGCCCGAUUUGACGCUUAAUUUUAUCAAGACUCACUCGCUCAUGGAUGAGUCGGUGAAAAGUUUCUUUGGACAACCAAUCGUUAUACGUACAAGCUUCCACUAUAGGUUCACUCAAAUAACCGUGGAUCCUCAAGUAAAGACACCAGGGGGCAAGACUUACGACGUACUGUUCAUAGGCACGGACAACGGAAAGGUCAUAAAAGCUAUUAACGCCGAGUCAGCUGACUCGAAAGAUAAAGUUAGUCCCGUGGUAAUAGAGGAGAUCCAGGCAUUCCCAGCUACUGUGCCAGUGCGCGGCAUCAAAGUCGUCAGGGCUGCGCAAGUUGGCGACGGUCUCGAAGAUGGUAGAUUAGUAGUUAUCGCUGACAGCCAAGUUCAGGCAUUGAGACUGCAUCGAUGCUACAGCGAUAGAAUAUUGUCUUGUGGUGAAUGCGUGGCUCUUCAAGAUCCCUAUUGCGCGUGGGAUCGAGUGGAUGGUAAAUGUCGUGCUCUCGUUGGUCCAGCUGCAACGGACGCGAAUCGCUUUUUGCAAAGCGUCGCUACUGGUACGCAUACCAGUUGUCCCGCAGGAGGUAAAAAUCUGAACAAAGACGCCGGCAGUGUCGGUGCCAUAUCAGCCAAUCAAAAUAAAUUCCCUCAAGAUUCCAUGGUUUUAAAUAAAGACAGCCAAGGUGGCGAAAUCAUCAAUAUAAUGCAAGACGAAGAACAAGGCAAUUCUGGUCCAGAAGUCUCGGCUGCUGAUUCACCACCGCCACAGUAUUCAGUGGAGACGCUUGUCAUGGCCGUGAUCGCCGGCGCUUUAUCUGCUCUAUUGGUUGGCUUUACGGCAGGUUACCUUUGCGGGCGCAAAUGCAGAAAAGACGAAGAUGACAAUAUGCCCUACCCUGAUACCGAGUACGAGUACUUCGAGCAACGUCAAAACGUCAACAGUCGAUUAGCACCCGAGCCAAAAUUGCUUCCACAAGAGGAAGUUACUUACGCUGAGCCCGUUCUGGUUCCACAACCGCCGAAAAUGCACUCGCCCAAGGGUACGAUGCGCAAACCACCGCCAACGCCAGCCGAAACACUGUUCCAGUUUCCUGACGGUUACGGUUACCGCGGACCCACGGCGCGCUCCGACAAUUUUGGAACGCUGCGAUCGCACCAGGGCGAAAACUGCGCCUACCGUCGCCAGGACGGCUUCGCCACGACUCGAAGCGUAAAGAAAGUUUAUCUCUGAGAAACGAGCGAGGAGGGGGGCUGCAAUGCACAGGCCGCGGCGGCGGGCGCUGGUAGACAUAGAAGUCUAGGCAGGCCGGCCCGCGGCCAACACCGACAGCAACAGCAACAACAGCAGCAACAGCAGAACUGCGGUGGCACAGCUUCCAGACAAAACGGUCCAAGUAACGGUAAUGGUGGAUCGCAUAGACAUCACCACCAUCACCAGGGUCAUUCCUCUCGUGAUUUGGCUCUAGGUGGUGGCCGUGGUAUCGAAACGCCUUCGCCUGGCUCGAGUAUGUCAUCGAGCUCACCGUCACCGCCCUCCUCCUCGCCGUCGCCGACUCUUCUAAGCCAAGGUGGACAAGGUAGCAGCAACAUGCUACACCAGACGGGUGGUGGUAACUCGCCGCCUCCGCCAACACCACCUUGUAGCUUCAUAUAUCGCUCAUAGUGUACCGCUGACUCGCUCGCUCCUCUCCUUAGCUUCAAAGAAACAAAUCCCUUCCGCGACGAUGUUAACACGUGCGCCACGUAGCAACAAACGAGCACCACCGCAGCUGCCGCUACCACGAGCUUCUGCGAGUGGCCGAAAACUAAUCGCAAUGAUCAGGUCGAUUUUCAACACGACGAGUGCAAUGGAUGAUCCGAAGUCUUGUCCUUUUAAGAGGACAUUGACUUUGUAAAGGCAGUCGACAAACUGAAUUAAGCCUAUUGACUGUAUGAUUUAUUCAACAGUAGACAGACGAAAAUUGGACAUUUUCUAUAUUUUAUAUACUCGACUCAUGAUAAAUCGACUAUUGUUUUUUAAAAGCAGCUUAUUCAGUACACAACAAAAUAUAAUUAUAUCCACUGCUAACAUUUUUUAAACCAAUAUACUAUUGUAAUUGGGUCACCAUUAACUAACUGCCACAUAAUUUUAACGUGUGAAAAAUCAACUUUAUCAUUGACCAUUACAAUUCUGGCGUCGAAGAUGCUCUGACGCGCGCUAUUCCAAAUGCUUUGCUGUAAUACUGAUUUGCGAUAUUGGAUUAUAUUGCACGUGCCAGUGAUUCUUUUUAUUUGUACAUAUAAAAUAUCGUCUAGCCGAUUGUGGCUUUUAAAGGCUUCGAGUUAGAGCUAGUAGAAAUAAAAAAAAAACAACUGCCAAACCGAGCAUCGUAAACAUUUAGUGUAAAGAUGUUUAAUUUUGUAUAUAAUCUGUUUAUCUGCCUGGAGAAUUUAAGGGAAUUAGUAAUUCUCCAAAUGUAAUCUCUGCCACAUUGUACUGUUUGCUCGAACUCGAAGUUUUCGACGUUUGGUCGUUUUUUAAAAUAAUUUGACGUAUUAAGUCUAAGGGACUUCCUUCUCGUUGUAUAUGUAUAGGCAUAUAUAUGCGAAUAUUGUUAAUUAAGAUGUGUAUAUUUCGUUUGAAAGUUAUGUACAAUUUGUCGAGAUCAAGUUUGCCGCUCGACCUAAGUGAGGCUUUGAUAUUCUUAAAAAGAAAAAUGCUUCGUUCCUUCGUCUCGAGAGUGCAGUCUUCGUUGCAGCUUUGAUGCCAACAACUGUAUCAUAGAACGAGAAACUUGUAUGUUAAAGCUUAAUUAUGAAUUCCUUUUAUCCUGCAUUACCUAUGAAUAUAUGGUUAUACAUAUGAUCGCAAACUUGUUGAAUCGAACGUUAGGAUUGAAGAUACUCUCGAGAACGACAACUAUAUUUUCUCCGUCAAUGUAAAAUAAACACGCUGCAGGAAUAUUAUAUUAUAAAAGCUUUGUUUUAAAUCUUCGACUGCCAAAAAGGUACAUAAAAUGAGCAAAUGCGGUGUUUUUCGAAUGUCCUCUGUUUAAAAGGGAUGAAAGUCAAAGUGAAGAAAAAUUUGCUGAGGGGUCAAAGAAACUAUGUUGUAUGAUGUAUUAAAAAAUUCAUCAUAACACUUGAAUUGCGCAAUUUUCAAUGAGCGAAUCUCAACUUUAAAGACAACUAUAAAAAUAACUUUAGAAAUAAUACGUAGAGCGAUGAUUAAUUGUUGCAAUAGCAAAGGAUUAGGCUUAUACAUUGUACGGAAAUGAAGUUGUAUAUUGAUAAAACAUACGCAACCGCUUUAAGAGUAAUCUCCACCUUUUUAUGUUUUAUUUAUAAUGAAAAAAAUCAGUUACAAGCUAGUGACUCGAUGUGUGUCAAUUAAAGUCGCAAAAAACUGAGUACUGCUACAUUAAUGCAUAUGUUUGUUUAUCAAUUUGCUUGAAUCAGUUAUGAUUACGAAAAACAUUCGAUCGGAAGAUCUAAUUUGAAACCAAAGGCUUAUUUAAUUAAUUUUUUAAGGAAAUCAAGUAUUGGAGCUAUUGACGUGCAAUGGCUUGAAAUGAGAAUGUAAUGUAACAUGAUAAAUUUUAAUUUUUAUAUUAGAGCUCUACUAGUAAAAGCGUGGAGAUUGCCUUACAUUUGAGAUUUUUGUCAUGAGUAGGCUUGAAUGUAUAGAAAGAAAUUUUAAAAUGUAAAAAACAAAGAAAAGAAAAGUCAUGAAUUACCAAGGCCGUGUAGUGUAAAAACAUCUCUUAAUUUGUCACGGAACUUAAAGGUUGAUACUUGGGUUUUGUACGUUUGAGAGUGCUCAUGUCAAACACUCGCCUACAUUCUAAUACGUAAUUAGUUAAAAACUGAGUUAAUCGAGUGAAUUAAGUGAUUUGUAUUUAAAUCUGUGUAAAAGUGGAGCUUCGUGUGUAAAUAACUAUUAUUAUUAUUAUCACUCUUGUACGCGUAAAUGAUAUUAUACAUGAGGACUUAUAUUCUAGCAGUUAAAUCAAGUUAUACGAGAGCAGUAAAAAAAGUAUGACAAAAAAUUUAACGAAAAAGUAGUCCAUCUAUUCUGGGCUGGAUGGUGCAUGUAGACAUCUAUCUUAAAGUGCUUCUUAUUUCAGUGUGUUUAGAAGUAACGCAUAUGUGAUAUAUUCGAUAUGACAAAAAGUUUUUUCUAGGCGUACGAAAGGAAAGUUUGCAAGAUUAAGAACAUAAUGGCGAUUUGACGUGAUUUUCGUUUAAAAGAACUCGUGAGCAUUCUCUCUAUUUGAAUAAUUAGCAUGCGAUGGUAAAAUAAAUUGUUCCCAGAAUACACUUUUGAAAAGAAACAUCAAGCAUUCAUUUUGAGUUCUUUUGUUUUCGUGAUUCAUAACUUUUAGUCAUUAUGAUUGAUAUUAUUGAAGAUUUAGUGAUACGUGUAAUAAUGCUAGUGCAUUCCAUGACGCAAUGAUCCGCAAAAAGCUCUAGAAUCGUUUUAAAAAGUUGUGAUUUACCUUAUACGAUUCAACCCAUACUGGCAUUACUCUAGCAACGAUAUCUCUGCAAAUCCUCUUCAAAUUCAUGAGUGGUUUUAAAACUACUCAAAAUUGAAUGAUAUUUAAAGUGAAGUAAACAAAAUAAGACUGAAUUAAAAGUUCUACUAAUAACGUGCACUGUUUAUUUUUUCUCUUUGAACCAGCAGAGGUUUUAGUUGCAUUAUUCUGUAAUUGUGUUUUAUAAAAUUCACAGUACUAAUUCCCAUGACACAUGAUUCUGUGUUAUACCGAGACUGCCGACUUAUACUGUGACAAUUUUUGUUUUUACUCUUAAGUCAAUACGAUUAGUCAAAAGAUUUUUAUUCUUAAGUUAUUCUGUAUUUUUUAGAUCUUUCAUACGUAAAUUGAUUAAGAUUUUAAAUUGCAUGUAAAAAGAAUUUACCAUAUUAUUUACUAAAUGAAUUAUUAUGUUAUAUAUUUAAAAAAUAGAUGUU